CCGCGGCGCUCCGACCGGGAGGUUUUCGCGCCACAGGGCCAGGCCCUUGCAGCUCCACAAACCCGCACAGCGAGUCGAAAAAAAAUAGAUAGGGCCCCCGCACUUGCGCCUCCGGGGGCUCCCCGGGAGAGGUGACAAGCUACUCAGCGGGGGAGGGGCGGGCGGACGCAGGACGGGCACACCGAAUGCUUGAUCCUGAAGGGGUGUCAGCUGCAUCUGCCAGGACUCGGGCGCCAACGCGGGAAAAAGGCGCCGCCGGGCCCCGCCCCCCGCCGUCCCAGCUGCUUUGGCGCGAACCUUCAGUUCCCAGGCGCUCGCCCCACUGCUGCCAGCAUGGCUCCGUCACGCCCGCAGCGCCGAGGUUGUUCAGGAAAGAAACGCUUCGCAGCAUUCCGAAAUACAAAACUAAUUUCCAUGGAAACAUCUUCAUCCUCUGAUGACAGUUGUGACAGUUUUGGUUCUGAUAAUUUUGCAAACACAAAACGCAAGUUUAGGUCAGAUAUUGGAGAAGAACUGGCAAAAAUUUUUCACGAAGCCUCUGAUGAUGAAUCCUUCUGUGGCUUUUCAGAAAAUGAGAUUCAAGAUGCAUUGAAAUUGGAGUCGGAUUCAGAGGAGAAUGAUACAAGUGCUGAAAAUGAGGUAGCUCAGAGAAGGCAGAAAUGCCCUGUUCCUCUAAAAGUAGCCAUGAAGUUCCCACCUCGAAGAUCGGAGAGGAGGAAGGGUGAGAUGGAACCUCUUCCUGAAAAGCUGAUGCCUGUUCCAGAUUCAGACUCUGACUCUGAAGAAAACGGUGCUGCGUUUUUAGAAAAAAGAGCUUUAAACAUAAAGGAGAACAAAGCAAUGCUUGCAAAACUAAUGGCUGAGUUGCAAAAUGUUUCUGGUAUCUUCGGUGGCAGAAAAUCAUUGCCAACUGUCAGUCGUCAGGGACCAAAGCGACUUCCAAGGCGUUCGUUGCCUGGAAGUGCUUUGAGGAGGAACCCAGACAGAAGUUCUCGGCCUCACACAAGAUCCAGGUCCCUGAUUGAAGGUCCUCCUACUCCUUUACCGGAAGAGGAAGAUGAUGACCCAUACAUCUUAGUGAGAAGAAGGAAGAUGUCUGAUGAAUACUUGGAGCAUGAAGCCCGAACUCCCAGGAGGGGUCACCGUGGUGCCAUGGCUUUUCCACACAUUGUGCGCCCAGUUGAGGAGAUAACAGCAGAAGAGUUGAGUAACAUUUGUGGAUCUGCAAGAGAGAAAGUAUAUAACAGGGCCAUGGGAUCCACCUGUCAUCAGUGUCGCCAGAAAACCAUAGACACAAAGACAAAUUGUCGUAACCCUGAUUGCAUAGGAGUACGGGGCCAAUUCUGUGGGCCAUGCCUCCGCAAUAGAUAUGGGGAAGAUGUCAGAACAGCAUUGCUUGAUCCGGCCUGGAGGUGCCCACCAUGUCGUGGAAUCUGCAACUGUAGCUUCUGCCGACAGCGAGAUGGCCGAUGUGCUACAGGUGUCCUGGUCUAUCUGGCCAAGUACCAUGGCUAUGACAACGUCCAUGCCUACUUGAAAAGUCUGAAACAAGAACUUGGAAUGGAAGACUGAAGCUGUGACUGCCUUCAGAUUACAUACUCUUUCACUAAUGUCUUAUUAUUGCCUACACUGAAUCGUUUAAUCAAAUGAGGUUACAAAGCCAGUGCCUUUCUUCACUCCACUUUUGGGUAAAAAAGUAUAAAGAACUUUCACUUAGUGGAAAUCAUACUUGAAAAAUCUGUUUAAUGAAGGUCUUUGCCCAGAGGCCAUUGUUUUCUUUUUAGACAGCUUUGCAAAUCAGAUAGCAUCAGUCCUUGCUUUCCUGCCAAUAACUUUUUUUUUUCCUGAAAGGAGAUGGGGCUUUAAGCCAUUAGAGUUUGAUUCAUGCAGUGAUCUGUGCUGCAGGUUUGUUUAUGCUUUGAAGUUGAUCACAAAAAGAUACAGAUGAUCUGAAAAUUCAGGGCACUCUUCCCCACAGGACCAAGCGGGGAAAGGUGCGUGCUUAACUCCAGGCUAAAUUCUGAUGCAAUACAGACUCUUACUGAACAUAAAUGAAUUCUCUGAAACAGCAACACUUUAAGUUCAAAAAGGAAGCCCUAAAAGUUCCAGCUGCACAAUCUCCAAGCACUAAUAUUUGGUUUUAUAGAGUACUCAAAGUGCAUGUUGGCUAUUUUAAGGGAAAUUCUCUGAGUAACCUAAAAAUGAGGUGGAAGCAGUUGGGGCUGUCACUUUGUAUUUUUGCUCAGGUGAGAGGAGACCACUGAUAGAAGCUUCCACAGUGUGGCAUUGGCAUUGCCUAGUGAUGGCAGUGAUGUGAACAUGCUGUUAUACAUUGUGGAGUGACCACUCUGUCUAAACCAGAAUGUACCCUUUGUUAAAUUACUGUUUGUUUGGGUUCUCUUCUCCUUGCUCUUGCUGCAACUGCAGAACUGGUGCUUUGCAGAAUUGGCUCUGGUCCUGGGAAAGAGGGAUUGCUCCAGACCAGGGCUUGGUUAAGUAGAGGGGUAGUGGUUCCUGUGGCUGUUAGCUAACUACAGGUGGAGGACAGAUGGUAACUCUUUGAAUUUGGUUAUCAAGAAAAGGGGCAGUGACAAACAAUCAGUGGAAUCAGAAGCCUGAUUUUUUUUUUUUACCUCGGGAAAAAAUUAAAAAGCAAGGACUUCCUAAGCCACAGUCUAACUUAAACUAAAUUAUUCUUCCAGUUAUAUAGAGCAGCAUAAAUGUAAAUAGAUAAUGCUCUCGAGAAAUACCCUGGUUGUACUAAUGGAUGAGGAAGAAAGAUUGCCUCAUCAAAAAAGCUUUUUUUUUAAGAGGGGGGAAAAAAAAAGAUGCCAUGGGUUGCAUACAGUUUAUAAGCACUUACAGAUGUGGUUAGUGCUGUGGUCUCCUCUUUAACAAUCCAGCUAUAUUUCUAUAUCUGGCUCCACAUGGUUGUAGAGGGAUAUGUGGCAUGUCAUUAAUGAAGCAUGAGUACAACAAAAACAGAGCUGAAGAGUUCUAAUGUGCUGUGUGGGUGGAGUCUUGUGUACUCAGUGCUGUAGAAAAGGUGCCAUGAAAAUUGCAUCUGGAGAACCACGAAGUAUAUAAAUAUGUUUAAUUUGGUUAUGGAAACUACUGUAUAGGCUUUUAUAAGGUUUAAAAAUGCAAUUUUACAAAUAAUGUACAGUUGAAUAGUAGAAGAAUCAACUCGCUUUUACUGAGCACUAGGACAAAACAUGGGUUUAGACCUCUCUGCUUCCAUAGUAUUCACAUUGUGCAUACAUAAUGAUCCGCAGUGCAUACCUUUCUGGGAAUUACAUCAGUAUUUGUGGGAGGAGAGAGGAAUUCAGAAACAAAAGGUAUUUGUGUCUCAGACUUCCAGUUCUGUUAAUAAAUUUUCUGUCCUAUUGAAAAUUGGUCCUCUCAUUGCCUGUUUUUAUAGUGUGAAUAGCUUUGCAAUCUAGGGUGGAGAGUGCUCUACCCUCUAGGUGCAUUUGAUGAAGAAGGAACUCCAGAAAUAACAUGUUCUGACAGAUAAGAGUGUUUUUUGUUCAUAAUUGCUGGGCUUGCCUUCUGAUUGCGAGAAUGUGAAAGUACUGUGCUAGAAGCAAACCCUUGUGUCAUAUUGUGAAGACUGCUGUAUUUAGAUUUACUCUGACCUACAAUGCCCUGUACAAAGAUUUUUAUUUUGAAAAUAAAAGUUUUCUGGUUAGAA